CGUGGAGCAAACGGUCAGUUGCUCAGCGCCAUUCCUUGCAUCCUUCUCCAAUCCUUCUCAUACAAUCAUGUCUGCAGCAACUGCUCCCCAGCCUCAGGCCCAGACUCAGACUUCUCCUUCAGCCAAGCGUGGCAAACGAGGCGGACACAGAGGCCAAGGCGGUCAUCGCGGAGGUGGUAAAUCCCGAGGCCGCAAGAAUUCAAGUGCGGCCGCACCAGCCGACCCUGUUUCUACUCAGCCAACCCAGAAUGAAGUCGCGCCUGCCCCAGAAGCCACAGACGACGCAGUGGUGUGCUGGAUCUGCGCAGAGCCCGUCAAAUACUACUCAGUAUCAGCGUGCAACCACCGGACGUGUCAUGUCUGUGCUCUACGCUUGAGAGCGCUUUAUAAAAAACUGGAUUGCACAUUUUGCAAGGAACCCCAAACAACUGUGAUAUUCACGACUUCCCCCGAUGCGCUUUUUUCUUCCUACACCCCCGACAUGAUCCCGCACAAAGACUCUAAGUUAUUAAUCUACUUCGAGUCCACUGACAUGAUGGAAGAGACGCUUAUUCUUCUGCGAUUUAAUUGUCCUGAUUCGCAGUGCGAUUAUACCGGGACUGGAUGGGGUGAUCUUAAAUUGCAUGUCCGGGGUACACACGGGAAGAUGAUGUGUGACCUGUGUAUCCGAUCCAAGAAGGUUUUCAGUCACGAGCACGCUUUGUACCCCCCCAACGUCCUACCUUUACACUUGCCAUCUAUGCUGCAUCGGUCUCAUAAACAAGUGACAAAAGAGCCGAUUGAAGGCGGCGUGCAUCCAUUAUGCGGGUUCUGCAAGGAAUGUUUUUUCAGUGAUGAUGAGUUGUAUGUUCACAUGCGCGAACGCCACGAGGAGUGCUUCAUCUGCAAACGGAAUGAAGAACAACAUUUUGAUCAAGGGCAUUUUGCGUGUUCAAAACCUGCUUGUCAAGCUCAAAAAUUCGUGGUGUUUGGAUCUGCGAUCGACCUCAAGGCGCAUCAGGUUGAAGUACAUGGUGCAGAGAUGACUUCAAGGGAUAAGAAGAACACUCAGCGGGUUGAGGCGGAAUUUGAGUUCGGGGAUGCUGGUGGUGGGCGUAGGGGGAGACGGGACCGAGAUCGAGAUCGAGAACAUGAGCCGCCGCCUGCUGCGCAGCCUAGGGCAGUGGCACGGCGCAGGGAAGCAUUUGGUGGCCAUCUGACUAGCAGUUCUCCUGCGCCUAAUGGGGUACAAACGCCGCAGUCGUCUGGACCUAGCCGACGGGCGUCGCCAUCCCCACAGCGAAGCGGGGAGGAGGUCGAUCCUGUUGUUGCUCAGCGUCAUGCGGCGUUCAUUUCACGAUUACAAUCUGUUGCGCCAAACCCCAUCACUGCAGUGCUCGCUGCUAAAGCUGCUGUCCGAGGAUUCCGACUCAACGAAUCCACCGCCCGUGAUCUCAUCUCGACGAUAUGGAACGUUCUUGACAGAAAUUUAGAUGAUACUGCGGGUAUUGUCAAUGCUAUUGUCGACUUAUUUGAGGAAGAAGAGAAAAAGUCUAAUCUGCUCUCCUCUUGGAACAGCUUCAAAAUUGAGCAACGUCAGCAGUUUCCUGAUCUAGUACCUCAGGAAGUGGGGUCAGGCUAUGCCAGUAUCGCAUCCGGUCGCGUCUUGAACGUGAAGCAUGCUACUGCCACGCGGUCUUCAUCGCAAUCUUCGAGACAGGUGUGGGAUCGCGUUGCACAGGCAGCUGGAUCUUCUUCAUCCCGCAUUGGUUCCGCUCCUACUCCGACACCACGACCGCCAGAUAGUUUCUCGGUUCUUGCAACUCCUGCGUUCCGCCAACCACAACGGAGCACCCCGUGGGCUUCUGGUUCUGGAUCUUCUAGCACAGGUUCCCGAGCACCGACAACAGUACCGACCCCCGUAGUACAGCAACGCGCUGCUGCGAAGAAAGGUCCGCCGCCGCCGUCGCUUACAUCCGCUGCUUUCCCAGGGCUGCCUUCGUCUGGUAACUCUCGUAUGAAAUCACUGGUCAGCGGGAAUCAGUCUCUAAGAAACAUUCUUGGUGAGGCUGUUCCGACUGUUGCUGCUUGGAAAAGCAGUGGCACCGCAAGCGGGGGCAGUACUUCCGAUUCCGGAAGAACAGAGUGCUGGGAAGAAGGGGAAGGGAAAGCAGAAGCAGACCUUGUUUACUCUCGGUUCUUUUCCAACAUAAACAGAGGUGUCGUUGUGCCUCCCUAUUGCAUUCAUUCUGGCUAAGGGACUGGGAUAGAUACAUAGAUACAUUUGAGGUUUGCCAAUAUUGAAAACUUGAUUGCAAACUCUCCACUUUCGUGAGCAAUGAGCCUAUACUAGUAUUCCCCGCAUCGCCGGUGCUAUUUGUCGUCUGGAGUCUGCGCCAGCAAUUUGUAUUUCAUGCGAUCAUGCGUUGUAAUGCUAACUACAAUUAAGGAGACAAAGUGUUGUACCGCGUUGGGCGUAACAAUAACAUCAAAGACUUCGUGCUGCCCUUACUCAUAAUUGUUCUAGCGAAUGAAACGGCCAUCAAAUGCAUUGGGAACUCGUCACCAGCUAUUGCAAAUAGGCGUGAAGGAUGGGCCGGCGGGUUUCGGCCAAAGGCGAGAGAAUGAUGACCAAAG